AUGGCCAUGAGCGAGCAAGAUGGGCAGCACGCCACGAACAGCCUUCCCGGAGAUGCGGCGAACGGCGCCGUCGACAUCGACUCCUUCUCGCAGCUCCCGUUCGUGCGGCCCAAGCCGCCCCCGGCGAUGGAGGCCGGCGGGUCGAGCCCCACGUCGUCCAUCCGUCUCUUCGGCUUCGACUUUCCACCCGACGGCGCGGCCUCCUCCGUCACCGACGGCGAUGCUGCCGCUGUCAGCUCCACUGCUCCCGGCCAGGCAGCGGCGGCGGCGUCGGCGUCGGCGUCGGCGUCGGCCGGUGCAAGUGGCGGCAGCGGUGGUCGCAAGUUCGAGUGCCACUACUGCUGCCGGAACUUCCCGACGUCGCAGGCGCUGGGAGGACACCAGAACGCGCACAAGAGGGAGCGGCAGCACGCGAAGCGCGCGCAGUUCCAGAGCGCCAUGGCCAUGCAAGGUCACUACCCCGCCCACGCGUACCCCGCCUUCGGCAGCGGCUACCACCACCGCUUCGUCGCCGGGCCGCCGCACAUGGGCCGCUACGAGCCGCCGCCGCACUACCCCUCGUGGUCCAACCACCACCACCUGGCGCCCACCAUGCCAGCGGCGGUGCCCAGGUACUACGGCAGCGGCCCCGGCUCCGUGUCCCAGCCGAUCAACGGCAGCCCGGUGCCGGCGUCGGCGCUCUGGCGGGUCCCGGGCGUCAGCGUGGCGACACCAGCAGCGCCGCGGCAAGAGCGGCCAACGCCCUUGACUCUUGCCGGGCGUGACGACAUGGCGGUGGCGUGGGAAAGAAGAGGACAAGCCGGCUCGGCGUCGUCGGCGUCAUCAGCAUCGUCGUCUUCGCAGCAUGAGGCCGCGCGCCACGGGGGAGAAGCCGCGGAGAACAGGGCAAACGUGAGCCUGGAUCUCACCCUGUAA